AGGAAAUAUCGAUGACACGUCAGCCGGACGGGAAAAUCUUAAACCGAGUGGAGAAGCCUCUCCAAAUCUCUUUCUCUCUCUCUCUUCCUCUCCAAAGGCCACCACCACAUUCUCAAAUCUCUUCUCUGUAUUUUUUUUUUGCUUCAGAAUCUUUUUUUUCUCCGAUCUCUCAAAAAAAUAUCCUCAAAGCUAGAAAAAAAGCAAAGUGAGUUUGAGAUAAAUCAAAAACAAUCUCAUAGGAAGAUUCCUCGCAGGAAGGAGCGUCUACACGGAUUUUAGCGUUGUAAAACUCAGCUUCUUUCGAUUUACCUACUGUACAGUGUGUUGGGUAGUAUAUAUAAAAAAAAGGUGUUUGUAUAGUGAUGAUUGUUCUUGCUGGCGUAUGUUAAAAACUACGACGUAUUGAAAGGUGUUGGAAGAUCAAGAGUAGUAGUAGUGCGCUUUUGUUGCCUCUUUUAAGGGAGUUAUUUGGAAUUCGUCUUCUGUGAUGGCGGCGGCUACUUCAUCUGAGAGGUGGAUCGAUGGUCUUCAGUUCUCUUCCGUGUUAUGGCCUCCCCCACGGGAUCCUCAACAACAUAAGGAUCAAGUCGUUGCUUAUGUCGAAUAUUUUGGUCAAUUCACAUCAGAGCAAUUCCCAGAUGACAUUGCUGAGUUGGUCCGGCAUCAGUAUCCAUCAGAUGAGAAGCGACUUUUGGACGAUGUGUUGGCAAUGUUUGUCCUGCAUCACCCGGAGCAUGGUCAUGCAGUCAUUCUUCCAAUCAUUUCAUGUCUCAUUGAUGGCUCAUUAGUGUACAGCAAGGAAGCUCAUCCAUUUGCCUCUUUCAUUUCUUUAGUUUGCCCAAGUAGUGAGCAGAAUGACUAUUCGGAGCAAUGGGCUUUGGCAUGCGGAGAAAUCCUUCGCAUUUUGACUCAUUACAAUCGUCCCAUAUAUAAGACUGAGCAGCAAAAUGGAGAAACAGAGAGAAGUUGUCUGAGCAAAGCUACAACUAGUGGUUCUCCUCCGCCUUCAGAGACUAAGGCUGUAUCACCGACACACCAUGAAAGGAAACCUUUAAGGCCUUUGUCUCCAUGGAUUAGUGAUAUACUACUUGCUGCUCCUCUCGGUAUAAGAAGUGACUACUUCCGAUGGUGUAGUGGUGUAAUGGGAAAAUAUGCUGCUGGAGAGCUGAAGCCGCCAACCAUUGCUUCUCGAGGAUCAGGUAAACAUCCUCAACUGAUGCCUUCGACGCCAAGAUGGGCUGUUGCUAAUGGAGCUGGUGUCAUACUGAGUGUUUGUGAUGAUGAAGUUGCUCGAUAUGAGACUGCUACACUUACAGCGGUUGCUGUCCCUGCACUUCUUCUUCCUCCCCCAACUACAUCCUUAGAUGAGCAUCUAGUUGCUGGCCUUCCAGCUCUCGAGCCAUAUGCACGUUUGUUUCAUAGAUAUUAUGCCCUUGCAACUCCAAGUGCUACUCAGCGACUUCUUCUUGGACUCUUAGAAGCACCACCGUCUUGGGCUCCAGAUGCACUUGAUGCUGCUGUACAGCUUGUGGAACUCCUUCGAGCUGCUGAAGAUUAUGCAUCUGGUGUAAGGCUACCCAGGAACUGGAUGCAUUUGCACUUCUUGCGUGCAAUAGGAAUUGCUAUGUCUAUGAGGGCAGGUGUUGCUGCUGAUGCUGCAGCCGCUUUGCUUUUCCGCAUACUCUCUCGGCCGGCACUGCUUUUUCCUCCGCUAAGUCAAGUUGAGGGAGUAGAAAUUCAGCACGCGCCUAUUGGUGGCUACAGUUCAAAUUACAGAAAGCAGAUAGAAGUUCCUGCAGCAGAAGCAACCAUUGAAGCCACUGCCCAAGGAAUUGCCUCUAUGCUUUGUGCUCAUGGUCCUGAAGUUGAGUGGAGGAUUUGCACAAUAUGGGAAGCUGCUUACGGUUUGAUCCCUUUAAAUUCGUCAGCGGUUGAUCUUCCCGAAAUCAUAGUUGCUUCCCCACUGCAACCUCCGAUCUUGUCAUGGAAUCUAUACAUUCCACUACUCAAAGUACUUGAAUAUCUUCCACGAGGGAGUCCUUCGGAAGCAUGCUUGAUGAAAAUAUUUGUUGCCACCGUGGAAACAAUCCUCAGUAGAACUUUUCCGCCUGAAUCUUCCAGGGACCAUACCAGAAAAGCUAGAUCGAGUUUUACCACAAGAUCAGCGACCAAAAACCUUGCUAUGGCUGAGCUUCGUUCUAUGGUCCAUGCUCUCUUUUUAGAAGCAUGCGCUGGUGUGGAAUUAGCAUCACGCCUACUUUUUGUUGUGUUGACUGUAUGUGUUAGCCAUGAAGCACAGUCUAGUGGUAGCAAGAGACCGAGAAGCGAAUAUGCUAGUACUACCGAAAAUAUGGAGGCAAAUCAACCUGUAUCUAACAGUCAAACUAACCGUAAAAGUAGGAAUGUCAAAGGACAGGGACCUGUGGCAGCAUUUGAUUCAUACGUUCUUGCUGCGGUUUGUGCUCUUGCCUGUGAGGUUCAGCUGUACCCUCUGAUGUCUGGAGGGGGAAACUUUUCCAGUUCUGCCAUGGCUAAAACUAUUACAAAGCCUGUAAAGUUAAAUGGGUCAUCUAACGAGUAUGCAGCUGGGAUUGACUCGGCAAUUAAUCAUACACGCCGAAUUUUGGCAAUUCUAGAGGCACUAUUUUCAUUGAAACCGUCUUCUGUGGGGACUCCAUGGAGUUACAGUUCUAGUGAGAUAGUUGCUGCGGCCAUGGUUGCAGCUCAUAUUUCCGAACUGUUCAGACGUUCAAAGGCUUUGACGCAUGCGUUGUCUGGGUUGAUGAGAUGUAAGUGGGACAAGGAAAUUCAUAAACGAGCGUCAUCAUUAUAUAACCUCAUUGAUGUUCACAGCAAAGUUGUUGCAUCCAUUGUUGACAAAGCUGAACCCUUAGAAGCCUACCUUAAGAAUUCACCGGUUCAGAAGGACUCUCUUACCUGUUUAAACUGGAAACAACAAAACACCUCAUGCUUUGAUACAGCGGUGACAUCUGCCUCACGGACUGAAAUGAAUCCAAGAGGCAACCAUAAGUUUGCUAGACAUUCAGAUGAAGGAUCAGGAAGACCCUCGGAGAAGGGUAUCAAAGAAUUCCUCUUGGAUGCUUCUGAUCUAGCAAAUUUCCUCACAGCUGAUAGACUUGCAGGGUUCUAUUGUGGUACACAAAAACUUUUGAGGUCAGUGCUUGCAGAGAAACCGGAGCUGUCUUUCUCCGUUGUUUCAUUAUUAUGGCACAAACUGAUUGCUGCUCCUGAAAUCCAACCCACCGCAGAAAGCACCUCUGCGCAACAAGGAUGGAGACAGGUUGUUGAUGCGCUAUGCAAUGUCGUAUCUGCAACGCCAGCAAAAGCAGCUGCAGCAGUUGUUCUUCAGGCUGAGAGAGAGUUGCAGCCUUGGAUCGCCAAAUAUGACGAAGAAGGCCAAAAAAUGUGGAAAAUCAAUCAACGUAUAGUCAAAGUGUUGGUGGAACUCAUGCGCAAUCAUGACAGGCCUGAGUCACUGGUGAUUCUAGCAAGUGCAUCAGAUCUUCUUCUGCGGGCAACUGAUGGAAUGCUUGUUGAUGGAGAAGCUUGUACAUUACCCCAACUCGAGCUACUUGAAGCCACUGCAAGAGCAAUACAGCCGGUGCUAGCUUGGGGACCAUCUGGACUAGCAGUGGUUGACGGUUUAUCCAAUCUAUUGAAGUGUCGUCUACCAGCAACAAUACGGUGCCUGUCACACCCAAGUGCACAUGUACGUGCCUUAAGCACGUCAGUACUACGAGACAUCAUGAACCAAAGCUCUAUACCUAUUAAGGUAACUCCAAAACUGCCAACAACAGAGAAGAACGGAAUGCAUAGCCCGUCCUAUCGGUUCUUCAACGCUGCCACAAUAGACUGGAAAGCCGACAUCCAAAAAUGCUUGAACUGGGAAGCUCACAGUUUGCUCUCCACAACUAUGCCUACUCAGUUUCUUGACACGGCGGCUCGAGAAUUAGGCUGUACCAUAUCCUUGUCCCAAUAACAAGCGUCCCACUUUUGUUUUUUUUGGUAAUUUUUAGUGCUCCUAGACAAAAAAAAAUAUUUGGACGUAGUAGAGCAAGAAGAAUAUAAAUAGCUUGUUGUAUGUAAUAUGUAUGAUGAGUGACUAACGCAAUCACUCCCACAGGCGUUAGAUUUGCCAUCGCUCGGGGUUCUUAUAUAACUCGACCUCUUCUUUGUACAUUUUAAAUGAUGAAGUAGCUCAACCUUUUUUUUU